GCAUACUAUUUGAAUUAUUUUAUAAUUGCUCGUUCUUCACCAAUUAUUUCUUUUAAUCUAAGUAUAGAAAAAAGUCACGCGUUUGUAAAUCAACCUCCACUCUCUAGUAAAAAAACAAGAAAAUGAAAAGUGAAAAAAUUUCAUGGUUGUGCCGGCCUUACUCAAACCCGUGAUAGAGUCUGCCUUAACUAGUCGUGCAGGAGGUUUUCAACGCAAGCAAAUUGCCUUACUAGUCCAAUGACUCAGAGGGGGAACCACCUGUUACGUCAUCUUUGCGUCAUAUCUGCGGUGGAGUGGAGCCUAUUUAACACCGUACUCAUUCCUUUGGCGCAUAAGGACCAUAUCGAGGCAAUCAUAACAGUGUAAAUUACAAUUUAUCAAAAUGGCGGCCUGGCAGAGGAGAUUGCAAAAGGAGUUGAAAGAGAUCAAAACGAAACCUCCACCUGGAAUGUAUCUUGACAGCGAUUCAGUAUCUUCAAAUCUUGCUACGUGGAUAAUUCAUGUAGAAGGGGCUCCAGGGACAUUAUAUGAUGGGGAAAAAUUUCAGCUAGAAUUUAAAUUUGGAUCUAAAUAUCCUUUUGAGUCACCUGAGGUAAUAUUUGGAGGGUCAAAUAUCCCUGUCCAUCCUCACGUUUACAGUAAUGGACAUAUAUGCUUGUCAAUCUUGACGGAUGACUGGUCUCCAGCUCUCUCAGUGGAAUCUGUCUGUCUCAGUAUUGUCAGUAUGCUAAGUAGCUGUCAAGAAAAGAAACUUCCUCCUGAUAAUAAUUGGUAUGUUAAAACAUGUCAUAAAAGUCCAAAGAAAACAAGAUGGUGGUAUCAUGAUGAUUCUGUUUGACAUGUCUCCAUUUUAGGUUUAAAUUGUAAUUGAUUGUAAGAAGAUUUCUUGUUUACAAGAGGUGUGUCUAGUGAAAGAGCACACUAGCCAUGUACAUUGUUACUAAAUUGAAUACUAAGUUCUUUAUUCUGGUGUUUGUAAUGAUAAUUUGAUUUCUGUGAUGUUAAUGGAAAAUGAUUUGUGUAAAGUUUUUGGAAACAAGAAUUGAUUGUAAAAGAUUAUCACAAUUUUUGAAAGAGUGAUUUAUCUUGUUGUGGUGAUGAACUGCAAAUAUUAAAAAACUCACUUGCAGAACAAGUAUGCUUUUGAGAAAGUGUACAAAGACAGAGAAACCAUUAAUUUAGGCUUCUACCUGAUGGUUGUAUCAAAAAUGCAUAUUUAACCCAGUCUUGCCAGAAGAAAGCUUGCUACAACUACAAUGGUGUUGUAACAAGGAUUAAUUUUUUAAAUAAAAUGUUUGGUAUAAGUUUUACUUAUUUGCAGACUAACACUUUUAGGAACACUAAUGAGCCUUUGGCCAUGUAAAUAGGUUAUGAAAUAAAAUUUGAUUCCGAAAGUA